GCGGGGCAUCGGGCGUGCCCGCCCUCUUCCCCCGGCGUGCCCCGCGGCAGGCGCUGACGUGGCUGCCGUCAGCGCCGCCAUCUUGUGGGAGCGAAACCAACGCCUGGCUGGGAGCAGCCGCCGCGGAGGUCUCUGGCCAGUAUCGCUUCCACCUGUCCACAAGCAUGGGGAAUAUCUUUGCAAACCUCUUCAAGGGCCUUUUUGGCAAAAAAGAAAUGCGCAUUCUCAUGGUGGGCCUGGAUGCUGCAGGGAAGACAACAAUUCUAUACAAACUGAAGCUGGGUGAAAUUGUGACCACCAUUCCCACCAUUGGUUUCAACGUGGAGACAGUUGAGUACAAGAAUAUCAGCUUCACUGUGUGGGAUGUGGGCGGCCAGGACAAGAUCCGGCCGCUGUGGCGCCACUACUUCCAGAACACCCAAGGCUUGAUCUUCGUGGUGGACAGCAAUGACAGAGAACGCGUGAAUGAGGCCCGUGAAGAGCUCAUGAGGAUGCUAGCUGAAGAUGAGCUCCGGGAUGCCGUUCUCUUGGUGUUUGCCAACAAGCAGGACCUCCCCAAUGCCAUGAAUGCGGCCGAAAUCACAGACAAGCUGGGGCUGCACUCUCUACGCCACAGGAACUGGUACAUUCAGGCCACCUGUGCCACCAGCGGGGACGGGCUCUAUGAAGGACUAGACUGGCUGUCCAAUCAGCUCCGGAACCAGAAGUGAACCAGACCCCUCCCUCCCCCUCACUUCCUCUUCUCCGCCCUCCGCUUUCCUCUCAUGUGGCAAACGUGCGACUCUGUGGUCCUGAGUGCCAGAAGCUGUCUCCAUGGGUUGGUCACAGUGUGCAUCGCACCGUGCUGUACAUGUGCAGACGCAGCCUGCAGCCAGGUUUUUAUUUAAUGUAAAUAGUUUCUGUUUCCACUGAGGCAGUUUCUGGUACUCCUAUGCAAUAUUACUUAGCUUUUUUAUUGUAAAAAGAGAAUCAACUCACUGUCAGUACUGAGAAGGGAUUUGGGUGUAGGGGCACCUGGCCUCCGGGAGCCAUUGGGCUGUAGACUGGUGUCAGUAUCCAUUUGGUGGUUGGUUUUUAACCCAAACUCAGUGCAUUUUUUAAAAUAGUUAAAAAUACAGGACAAGAACACUUGAACACACAGAACGGAGACUAUGCCUAGUGUAGGUUUUGCAGUAAUGGCCUGAAUGCUAGUCCAUCGGAUCACCUGUUCCCGUGGGGACAGGAGAGAAGGUGACAAACCACCAUCCGCUGCAUGGUCACAGUAGAGCCCCCGUGACUCGCCUGUCUUUGGGUCACCUGCAUUCCAUAGCAUUGUGCUUGUACUUGUGCUCACAUGGUCACCUAGGGGUGGGCUGGGAGCCAUUGUGCGGUGCAGGGCCCGGCUUGUAUUUGGUGUGUGGCCGGGCCAGAUGGCAGCCUACAUACCCAGCUUACUCUUGGGCCCACUUGGACGCGCUGGCAGGAGGCCUGGGUCUCACCAGCAGGAGCGUGUGCAAGCUGGGAGGGUCGAUCCAUUCCAGACCCACAUCCUGGAGCACCCCCAUCUCCAUGUGUGAAGUAGCUUUCUCCCUCAGCCUGCAAGGGUCCGAUUUGCCAUCGAAAGACGACCUCUACUUUUUUCUUUUGUAUUUUGAUAAACACUGAAGAAGCUGGAGCUGUUAAAUUUAUCUUGGGGAAAUCUCAGAACUGGUUUAUUUGGUGUCGUGGAACCUCUUACUGCUUUCAAUACACAAUUAGUAAUCAACUGUUUUGUAUACUUGUUUUCAGUUUUCAUUUCGACAAGCACUGUAAUUAUAGCUAUUAGAAUAAAGUCUCUUAACUAUU